AUUAAGAUUACAUAAUCAUACAUAAUUGUGUAAUCAGAUUAGUUAAUAACAAAUAUGUUGCUUUUUAUAAUUAUAACUUAAGUUAUAUAACUCUAUAUUUCUAUAAUUGACAGUAUUAACAUUGAUAAUCUUCUGUGACCCGUGCCUGCCAGUUUGGUGCACGCGACAGACGCGAAUAUUUCAGUUGUACCAAGGUACAUCAUCCUGUAGAGAUGGCGACCAGAUGGGGAAUAAUAGGAACCAGCAAUAUAUCACAUGAUUUUGCUGUGGCCAUGGGUACAUUGCCACGGACAGAACACUUGAUCACAGCAGUGGCGUCCAAAGACAAGGUGAGGUCUCGAGAAUUCGCCCAACAGUUUGACAUUCCCAAUGCUUAUGAUUCUUAUUCCCUCAUGGCAAACGACACCGAAGUAGACGUUGUUUAUGUGGGCACCCUUAAUGAACACCAUUACUCUGUCAGCCGCUUAAUGUUGGAACACGGGAAGAAUGUUUUAUGCGAAGAACCAUUCUGUCAAAAUGCUAACCAAGUCCAACAGCUCGUUGAACUUGCGAGGUCUAAAAAUUUGUUUCUUAUGGAAGCCAUGUGGAUGUUUUUCACUCCAGCUUUCACUAUUUUAGGAGAAGAAAUCAACAAAGGUACUAUUGGUGAACCAUUGCAAAUAAUUUCUUCAUUUGGUACACCAAUGUCUGAAUCACUAAUUCAACAACGAAAUAGUGGUGGAUCAAUAUUAGAAUUGGCUGUAUUCUCAGUUUACAUGAGCCAAUUCCUGUUUGGCCCUGAAAAGCCACAAAUCUAUGGCACUUGUGGACAGUUAACAGAACUUGGGUUUGAUAAGGAUGCAAGUAUAAUUUUAAAGUAUAGCAAUGGUAGAAUUUCUACAUUUUUAAGCCAUUUCAAAGUUAACCUACCCAAUGAGGCUACUGUAUUUGGCACUACAGGAAAUAUUAAAUUAUACGAUCCAUUCUGGUCAGCGACUAAAAUUUCCAUAAAUGGAACAGACAUUAAUAUAGACGUGCCUGAAACAAAAAAAGCAACAAGAUAUGGUAAUAGCGUGCAACUAAUUUACGAGAUUCAAGAAGUUAGAAAUUGUCUUCUGAAAGGUAUAAAUGAGAGCAGUAUAGUUCCAUGGUCGCUAAGUAUUGAGAAUGCAAUUUUGGUUGAAGAUAUAAGGAAAAAAUUAGGAGUAACUAUUUGUAAUUAGUAGAAACCAAUUUUAGUAAAUAAAUAAAAUUAAUAUAAUUUAUACUUUACAUUUUAUGUAAUUGAACCAAAUGAAUAUUAUAUUUUAAUAUUUUAUUUGUUAAUUUGUAAUUAAGUUAAUGUAACAACAUAUUACUUUGUAUGCUGCUCAAAAACAUAUGAAUGCAACUAUAAAAAUUAUUGAAAUUAUAGAUAAAUACACUUCAUAGCAUUAUAUUAUA